UCACAAGCUAUAAAUAGUCACCUAAAGCCGUAUGUCAGGUUUCUUGUUUCCAUUCGACACACUUCCUCCCAGCUGAAGUUGAAAAUUUUCAAAGGACUCCAUGUUUCUGACGAUGAAGUUCUUGGCAGAGUUCACCUGCUGCUUCACACCAGCGACGAAUAAAAGAGCAAUGGACUACGGACGACGAGAACGCGCCACCAAUGUGGUCCCUUGUCACUAGCGAAGGGCUCGUCAAACAAAUUCUGGAUACCCAGGAAAAUGGGAAGGUGGCUAAGAUCUUCAUGGGACAGGUCACAGGAGGAUCACGCUACCGAACCAGAAAUCUUGAAAAUCGCUCAGGUGCACAAUACUGUCAAAACUAUGAUAUUCCUGAGUUGCUUUGACACAACAAGUCCACCAAUCCAACAUGAAUUCCACGAUCCCACGUCCGCCGUCUGAAAAGCGUUUGGCGUUCCAGAACCCACCACGGGCAGUCGUGUGCUCUACAUCCUCCACCCCAUCACGACGCUACAUGGCAAAGACCUUUUCGACGUGUGGCUUCAAAGCCACGUCACUCUGGAAGGCAGAGGUCUAUUAUCGAGAUGUUAGCCCUGGAGACAUGAGGCAAAUGACCUGGGUCCUCGGGGCAACGAACACACGGGUACGAUGCGGGCGGCGCGCCCCACCCCCGCCGUCCAUGGCACUCGAGCUUCUCAACCAAGAGGGUCAACGAGGCGAAGCCGAGCACCUAUAUGGCUGUGAUAUGGAAUUGUUUGUGUGGUGUUUCGCCUGGAUUUGCUUGCGUUACGAGGCGGGUGUUAUUCUACCAGCGAAAUUGUGCCCUUUCAAUGGAUAGGCGACUUCAGAUAAUCUGUGAAGAAGUACUAUUUCCUAGGUCAUUUUUCAAAAGUUGAACCCUCGAACACAGACCAAAACAUAUAGGAUCUCCUCUGGCUCUGUUUUGCGGUGCUAGACACAGACACUUUUAAUCGCUAGAGUCAUUCUCUCAGCAAAUUCACAAAAACAAAGUGCUAGGCUAAGCUCAGCAACGUUCUCACAGUACUAGUGGUUUUCUUUGCUUGUUCCGCUAUAGAAGAACUUCCUUUCGUCUCCAGUAGCUAUAAAUAGGCACCUAAUCUUAUACUUGAUCCGUCUAUCCAUGAUCAGCAGCUUGUUACU